AUGCCUCCCAACGGCAAUGAUACGUCCAUGACUGGCAUGUUAGAUGAGAGCAUGCUUGACGAAUACGAUAACGUUCCCAUGUCUCUCGACUCCAAUACGCUCGAUCUCGGCAAUAGUCACAAGUCUUAUACGCCUCUAAGUUCUGCUAUCCCACAUACGUCUGCGGACGCCUCAGAGGAGAGAUCGCUUGUAGCGCACAAUCUUGGCGAUAGUCCAAUGGCAGGUGUCGGAGCCGGACCGUUACCAACAGGAUUCGGGGCUCAGUCGACUCUAAGCGGAAGCACGCUCACGGAGUUUACGAAGAGAAGGAACUGGUCACAAAAGGUGGUCGAAGAGUUGAAAGACUUUUUGCAUAUCCUCACACCGGAUGGUCGGAUUGUAUACAUUUCACCCAGUGGCGAACCUUUAACAGGAUAUGCUCGGGAGGAACUGAUUGGCACUUUCAUGUCUACUCAUAUACACCCGGAUGACGAUGCAAUAUUUGUUCGAGAAUUCAAUGAAUCAAUUGCGACGGGUAAUCCCAUGCGGUUUUUCUACAGGUUUAAGAAGAAGGACAAGUCAUACACCAUCUUUGAGUCGCAUGGACAUCCACAUCUUAGCUCGGAGGCGUCACAGUUUGGGCUGGCAAGUUCUGCUGCGAGUUUCUGCAAAGGCGUCUUCAUGAUGGCAAGGCCUUACCCGACCAAGAAUGCAGCACUUCUAGACUCCUUCUUGGAGCACAAGAUCGAAAACGAAAGACUCAGAAAGCGCAUAGAGGAUCUCAAGAGAGAGGAAGCCGAAGAAGCGGAGGAGUCUCGCAAGAAUUGGGCCAAGAAGCAGGAAGGUGGAUCAAUACACCCGUCAGAGCAGACCGAUACUAUAGACUCUGCCUCUACACCUAUGCAUCAUACUAUGACAAACCCGGAUGCCUUCGCAAUGCCACCACCUGCCAAACCAUCAGCUGCAACACAAGCACUGACACGACAGAACCUCGAAGAUGUCAAUGCCGGCAACAGACCAGAUUCAAUCACCGAUAAGAUGGCCCGCUACGAAGGUGCUACACAUAUCGACACCAUCGAGAUGUUGACAGGCCUACGAUACCAAGAUGGCGAACGAAGUCGUGGAAUCAGUACCGGAGAACACAGUCCGGCUUUGAUCAGAGGCGAUGCUGGCAUUGCGAUACCAAUAGACAAGGAAGCGAGAGCAGGCGACAAGAAGAAGAAGAUCAAGAUGCCAGAUGAAUAUGUUUGCACCGACUGUGGGACACUGGAUUCUCCGGAAUGGCGUAAGGGUCCAAGCGGUCCCAAAACGUUAUGCAAUGCUUGUGGCUUGAGAUGGGCGAAGAAAGAAAAGAAGAGACCGGGUCCCUUGCCUCCUCCUUCUCUGCCAUUGGGUAACAGCACCAGCUCUAGCUAG